GUCGCACUCGCACGAUGCCACGGUCCAAGGCACUUGCCAUCGACUAGUGUCAAGCACCGACAUGGAGGCGGAGGCGGCAGCACCCACGUGCAUGUAUCCUGUGCAAGGCAACGUGUUCACCGCGAUGCGUUGUCCGCUUCAUGCCGCGGCAUGCAUCAUCUCCGCGAUCGAAUGCGAUGUCGUCGCCACAUUCAACCAAACAGACUUGGCUAUUCAACCGAAUCUGGACGUGUUCGACAUCCCGAUUGCUUCUGUUGAGAUGCUGCCUGCGAACAUUAGCCACGUAUCCUUUCGAAGGAACGGGAUCAAGCAUCUCGGUGACUUAAGCCUCGAUGCCUCCGGCAGACCAUCCUCCACAGCGUCACUUUCUUUGAUUGAUCAAGACCUCCACGCCUUGACCAGCCAAACUCGAUUCCCUCGAACCCUCCGCUCCUUAACUUUGGCACGCUCGUCCGUGACAGCCAUAAAAAGCACGUCCUUUCCACCCACCCUCACGUCCUUAGACCUAAGCGACAACGUUCUCAACGACUUCGUUGUCGACUCGACAUCGUUCGGCGUCCUGUCGCGCAUCCCGUCGUUUGGCGUCAACGUCACGAUUCAAGUCGCAGGAUCGUCAUGCAUGUCGAUCCCUGGCGCGAGAUUUGAAUCGGUGCAGAAUGGACGCUUCUUUCUGUGUGUGUUGCGGCUCAUGAACGACACCGAGCCUUCAGAUGCAAGCAGUGCCAACACGAUGCACGACCCCACCACAAUCGCGCCGCUUCCACAUUCGAACACGGGCGACUCGCCUACCGGGCGGUCUGCAUCGUCCAUCUUUGUGACCGUGGCGCUUGUGAGUGUCAUCGUUGUCGGCGUGAUCGUCGCUGCGUUCUACCUGCUCCGCCGACCGACUGCAAUGUUACCACGCGUCCUCACAACUUCUCGGACUUCGCGGCGUCUGUCGGCGAGCUUUCUCACACACUCCCCGCCCAAGACUACCAAACGAAGCAGCAUCAUCGGCGCCCACGACGUUCGAUUUGAUCCAAGCGUCGCGUGUGCCCGGCUCGCCCGCUCCGAUCUUCGUUCUGUUCACGUGCUUCACGCCGACGGUCUUGCCGUCGUCUCGUUUGGGUAUUGGAAAGUCCACGCGCCCGUCACCAUCCGUCAGCUGCAGCCAAACUCACCGACAGAUUCCAUUGCGACCUUCAUGGACGAAGCGCGAACGUGCGUGUUAGUCGUCCAUGAACACAUCGUGACGUGCCUCGGUGUCUCGUGGAGCACGUCGUCCGAUGUCGCAAUCGUGUCCGAGCACAUGGAAGGUGGCACGCUUCAGACCCACAUGACACAGUACGGCCACACGCGGCAGUUCCACGAAGCCAAGUGGGUCGUUGCUUUUCAAGUCACGGACGCCCUGGUGUAUCUGCAUGCACAUGGCAUUGUGUACCGAACGCUUCAUGCAGAAUCGGUGCUGUUGUCGGCGGACGGUCACCCCAAGUUGUCCAACUACGGCCUUCGUCGAAGUCAAGCGAAGAAAGGGGUUGGAGGAGGGGUGUCGUUAGUGUGGGCGCAUUUGGCGUCUACAGCACCCGAGCUCCUCAACGGCGGCGACCACAGUGCUGCCAGCGACGUGUACGCCCUUGGCGUCCUCCUUUGCCAAUUGGAUCACGGAGUCCCAUCCUCUUCUUCGUCGUAUCUUGACUUGAAUGGCGACGAUACGCUCCGCGGCGACGUCGAACGCAUUGUGCUCGGCAAGUAUAGACCCGUUGUGUCCUCCACUUGUCCGGACGACAUAGCAGCACUUAUCCAAAAAUGCGUUCAGGUGAAUCCACGAGACCGACCGACUGCUGAAGCUGUCUUGCUUGCCCUGCAGCCGUACCAUCAUGACGUGGACGGUGCCGUGGACGUGUAGCAGCCGUCGCGCGUAGUGACGUCUAUGGUUGUAAGAGAGUGUGCGAGUCGA